AUGCCGCCCAAGGUGAAAUUGCAUACUCUUAGCGCAACCCAAGUCCUUGCAUUGUUCAAGGACGACRCGAUCACGGUUUUACAAUAUGCACGAGCUCUGCUGAGCCGCUUGGAAGAGCGCGACGACGUUGUAAAAGCGUGGGCUUACCUUGAUAAAGAGCAUGUCCUGAGCCAAGCUCGUGCUCUAGAUAGGAUUCCCAGAUCCGAACGGGGUCCUUUGCAUGGUGUAGGCGUGUGCAUUAAAGAUAUCAUGGACACAAAAGACAUGCCCACCGCCUGGGGCUCUGCGCUCUACAAAGACCGUCGACCGGCUGUCGACUCAUCUCCUGUGUCUAUUUUACGAAGUGCAGGAGCACUCAUCAUCGGMAAAGGCACGACGACCGAAUUCACGCUUCCYAACUUCGGACCCAACACCACGAACCCGCAUGAUAGAGAACGUACACCAGGUGGAUCCUCUGCGGGACCGGCAGCGGCAGUAGCUGACUAUCAGGUACCGCUCAGCUUCGGCACACAAAAUGGCGGAAGUAUUAUCCGACCGGCGUCGUACACGGGCAUAUUCGCCAUGAAGCCAACGAUGCACGCCAUUUCGGGCGACGGCGUAAAGAUAGUCUCAAUCAGCACCGAUACUGUCGGUUUCUUCGCCCGCAGUGUGGAAGACUUGCAGCUGGUAGCAAACGUGUUCAACCUUUGGGCAGAUGCCGAUUCCAAGACGAUACCUUCCUUGGAUCAGACACGCGUCGCGUUCGUCAAAAGCGCAAUGUGGCAAAGCGCAGGUCCCGCCACGGUUGCAGCCAUGGAGAAUGCUGCUCGGAUUUUGAAACGACAUGGUGUGCAGGUCGAAGAGGUGGAACUCCCGCCAGACUUGGGCGAUCCCAAGACCAUCCGUGCAACACACAAGACGAUACUCAACAUUGAGGCUCAAGCAGCCUUGCUUUCAGAUUACCGCAAUAACUUCAAGGAUCAGUUGGGCCACAAAAUUUGCGACCUGGUGGAGAACAAGGCGAACGUUACUCAUGAGCAAACUAUAGAGGCCAUGGACCGGUACGCACGCUGGCGUCCGACUUUUGACAAUUUUGCCAAAGAUUAUGCGGCCAUCAUCACGCCCAGUGCCGAAGACGUCGCACCCCUUGGACUGGGCGACAUGGGUGCUUCUACAUUCAACAUUCUUUGGACGGGAUUGUACACACCGACCAUCAAUGUUCCUGCAUUCAAAGGUGAGGAAGGUAUGCCAGUGGGUCUGUCCAUUCUAGCUGGUAGAUUUCGCGAUCAAUAUGUUCUCAAGAUUGCCAGGAUUCUCAGCAAGCCUUUGAUGGAUGAGGGUGGAUGGACAAUCGUAGAGCCACCACUUGCUAAUAAGCUGUGA